AUGUCGUUUCCGUCGCAAGUGCCUAUAAUUAAUUCAAUGCAGGUACCUUUACAAUAUUAUCCAUCACCCGUUGGUGUGAUGCCAGUCAGUAUGGUAAUGCCCACAAAUAUUGAAGUUGUUCGUCCUGUCACAUCAACUGCAACAGCCUCUAACACAAAUGGUGGGCAUAGUAAGCAAAAAGGUGACAAUGAAAAAUCACAUACUAAAGAACGUCCUCCCACUACAACAGUUUUUGUAGGUAAUAUUAGUGAUAGAGCACCCGAUGCGAUGAUUAAACGAAUGCUACAGCAUUGUGGCAGCGUUAUCAAUUGGAAACGAGUACAAGGAGCUAACGGAAAACUACAAGCGUUUGGAUUCUGUGAGUACGAAAAUCCAGAAGGAACAUUACGAUGUAUUCGAUUGUUAAACAGUUGGCAAAUAGCUGAUAAACAACUUGUGGUUAAAGUCGAUGCCAAAACAAAAUCUUUAUUAGAUGAUUAUAAAAAGAAAAAACGUCAUGAAAAUGCUAAAAAAGCAGCGAAUGAUACCACUGCCUAUAAAUUUGUUUAUGAGCCUGAUACAGACGAUGAAGAUAAAAAAUCACUAACAAAAUCAAACAGUAACAGUACGAGUGAUGGUUCGACAGUAAAAAAAUCCGGUGAAGAAGGAGAAAUCGAAGAAGAGGAAGAGGAAGUUGAUACAGCGACAAAAAAUGAAGAUAAAACCAUUGCGAAUAGUUUGGAUACUGUCAUGCGUGAAUAUGCAAGAGAAAUGACAGCACGAACAGCUGAAGCAAAAGAAAAAGAAGCUAGUGGAACAUCAACAAAUCUCCAUUAUCAUAAUGAUAGAGUAUUAAUCCAUCAUAAUCACUAUCACACUCCAAAUGUUUAUUCAUUAACAAAUACUGUGCAGCAGCAACAACAACAACAACCAUCGACAUCUAGCACAACAACAAUAACAGCUACGACAACUGUUACAGCAACCACAUCAACUGUUGUUAAUAGUGCAAAUGGACAAACGUUGGGUAAAUCAAAUAAUCCAGCAUUAAACGAAAUAAGAGUAGAUGAUGAGAAACGAGAUUUAGUGACGAAUGAAAUAAAAAUGUUUCGUGAUAAAUUUAAAGAUGAAGAUGCCAAAAUGCGUAUGACUGAAAAAGAAAGGAAGGAUCGUUACGAUCGGGAACGGCAGCAGCAACGAGAAAAAGAAAAGGAAAAACCAUUAUCGUCACCGACAAGAUCACCAUCGGGUAAAGCAACAACGCCCACAUCUUCUCAUCGAUCGUCGAAUCAUGUUUACGAUGAACGUAGUAGUGAACGUGCAUUGUCUCCAACCGACGAUUACCGUUCAUCAUCCUCGUCAAGACGCCGUGAUAUUAAGUCAGAACGUAGUGUCGAUGAUCGUCAUUCUUCUCGUAGUGAUUAUUAUCGUAGUUCCCUGAGAGAUUCCAGAGAUAGUAGUAGUAAACAUAGUAGUUCAGCACGUCGACCUUCACCACCGCCCCGUCGUCCAGAUCCUAGAGACAGACGUGAUAAACCAUCUGCUUACAGUAAAAAAUCAAGAUCAAAGACGCCACAAUCAUCUUCAUCUGCAGCAAAACGUUCAAAAACGCCAGAAGACGAAGAAGAAGCGUAUCAACGAAAGAAACAAGAAAGAAAAUUAAGAGAAAAAGAAUUACGUUAUAGAGAUCGAUUAAAAGCAUGGGAAGGACGUGAACGUAAAAAAGAAGUUGAUCAUGACGCUGAAAAACGACGAGAAUUAGCUCGACUUCGAGAAGAAGAAAAAGAAGGAAAACGUUUAUUGGCAUUUUUGGAAGAUUAUUCAGACGAAAAAGAUGAUAUUAAAUUUUAUAAAGGACCAUCACUAGCCAGAAGAUUGAAAGAACGUGAGUAUGAAAUUGAAAUCGACAAUCGAGAUAGACAUAGAGAAAAAGAAGAAUUAGAAGAACUACGUCAAAAAUUAACACAACAAAAUAUUGAAGAUGUCGAGGGCGAAUUGAAACGGCGUGUUGCACAUGAAGAAGAUUCAAUUCGAAGACGUUUGGCAGAAUUAACACACACUACCAAAGACUCGUCCACAACGUCAUCGUCAUCAAGUUCAGAAAAUGAAGAAGACAAAGGAAGUAAAGCUCAGAAAGAUGUGCCAAGUGAAAUGGACACAUCAAUAGCAGCUUCGCAACUUUCAAAUAUCGACGCAGCUAUGACAGCCACAGAAAUUGCUGAUCCAUCGUCUUGGCAAACAAUCAAAAAUUCAACAGCUGUAACUCAAUUAGAUGAUGUUUCACAGUCGCCAGGAAUGAACUCUUCUCCACCUCCACUGCCUGUUGUUAAUUUAAAAACACCCUUUUUUUUAGAUAGUCCUCGUCAAACAUCAGUGGGUAGUGUUACCAUAUCUGGCACAAAACUACCGUCAAAACGUAAACUGGCCGUUAAUGAGGCAUUUUUGGAUGAUCAAGAAGAAGAUUCAUCUGAUGCAUUUCCAAAGAAAUCCAAGUUAGCGAUAUCCGAACAACAAAGUCAGUCAACUUUUCCCUCAACUUUACAACAACCAUUAACACCGCAAUCUGCUAGCAGUAAUCGUCCAUUAUUGAUUAAUAAAGUGCCAGUAAACACGGACGAACGACGUCAAGCUGUUCGAAAGUUAAUUGAAAGUAUUCCAACUAAAAAAGAAGAUUUAUUUGCAUUUUCAAUUGACUGGUCAUUACUCGAUAGUUUACUUAUGGAAAAACGUAUUAAGCCAUGGGUUACAAAGAAAAUAAUUGAAUAUAUUGGAGAAGAAGAGCCAACAUUAACAGAUUUUAUAUGCACGAGCAUAAUGUCAAAACAAAAUGCUGAAAAUAUAUUAUCAGAUAUUCGAGUUGUAUUAGAUGAUGAGGCAGAAAUAUUUGUUGUAAAAAUGUGGCGUCUAUUAGUUUAUGAAAUUGAAGCUAAACGGCAUGGUCUUAGUAGAUGA